GCGCAGUAGUCAACCUCUGUGAUGCAUAAUCUGUUCCGGAGAAGUAGCAAGCCUAGGUAAUUCGCUUUGUACUGAUUGGCGUUAGCUGUACCUGAAAGUCGCUUUGAAAUCACUAAUUUCGUGCACAAAGUACGGAGGCCCCAUCAAUGACCACAACACCCGUCGAGCCUUUGCCUACACUACCUGUCAAUACUAACGGUGAUCAAAACGAUAUUGCUAAUACCGUUCCACCGUCUUCGCCUUUGGUAAAGCCAGUUACAGAGAGCCGGCCAAUAGACUUCAAGAAAUACGCUGUAGUCGUUGCUAUUGAUUUCGGUACAACUUUUUCAGGAUGCAGCUACGCAUUUGCUGAAGAUGAAAAUAUUCAAGACAUCACGAAAUGGCAUAAAUAUAGUGGUUUUUAUUCCAAGACACCGACGUUGCUCCUUUAUAAGCAUAAGCCGCUAAAGGUUCAAGAUUGGGGUAACGGCGCCAGAUUAGCCGUACUGAAGCCAAAUACGAAGGACUCGACUUUACUUAAGUGUUUUAAGCUUCAUCUAUCGGAUAACCAGGAGUAUGGCGAAUUACCGCCUUUAAUAGUUGGAUCUGAGACGUUCGACCCUAUCAGACCGAUCUCGGACUACCUUAAGCUUUUUCAUCAGAACGCCAUGGAAGAACUACGAAAGGGAUUUGCAAAUAACAUCGAACCUGAAAGAUUCCGAUACUGCUUAACUGUGCCUGCCAUUUGGUCUGACAGAGCUAAGACUAGCAUGCGAGAAGCAGCUUUACGGUCUGGUAUCAUAUCACGAGACGAUCCCGUUGAACGCCUCAUAUUAAUAAGCGAGCCUGAAGCUGCAGCUCUGUACUGUGAAAAGCGCAGUGAAUCUUGGAACCUUCAACACGGAGACAAAUUUAUGAUUGUUGAUGCUGGUGGUGGCACUGUGGAUCUUAUUGUUUACGAGAUAGAACACUUAGAUCCAAAACAACCAAGAACUUUGAAGGAACUUACAAAAGGCCAAGGCGGACUCUGCGGAGGAGCAUACAUUGACGAGAAUAUGCGGAAGCUUUUGAGAUCGAAACUCAAACGAUACAUCAAAUCCAUUCCAGCAUGUGCCUUUGAGAUAAUGAUGGAUGAAUUUGUUCAAACUAUCAAGCCUGAAUUCAAUGGAAAGGACACGCAAUACCUACAGCUACCUGCGUCAGCACAGUGUGAUCAGACGGACGAAUCUAUAGGAUUGGAGAACGGAAUUCUUCUUCUCACUGCAGACGAGUUAAAUGACCGAGUCUUUAAACCGGUGAUUAACCGGGUUAUAAAGCUUAUUGACGAGCAGCUGCGACAAUGCAAGACUUACAUAAACGCUAUAUUUAUGGUUGGCGGCUUUGGAUCUUCUAAUUAUUUAUACUCUAUGGUUGAAAAAGAAUUUCGCGAUCGAGUGACCAUGAUCGCUUCGCCACCUCGAGGCGAGUUAGCUGUCGUCCAUGGUGCUGUUAUGCACGCACUACAUCCAAACAAAGUGACAAGCAAAAUUGCGCGGCGAACUUACGGCGUGAUGACUCGAAUGAAAUUUGAAGAAGGGCUGGAUCCCGAAGAUAGCGCAAUUAUUACUGUUGAUGGUGUUAAGCGUUGUUCUACAAGAUUCGACGUAUAUCUUCGAAAAGGCGACAGAAUCGAAGUACAAGAUCAUCCCAUCCGUAAAAACUUUUGGAUAUCUUAUCCAGCCAACACAGAGACCGACUUGUAUGCCUAUGAUGGUGAUGGGCCAAUACCACGGCAGGUUACUGAUCCCGGUGUUCGAAAAAUCGCAGAUUUCCCCAUAGAAAUCCCGCAUCUCCCUGGUGUUCGUGCCGGAGACCGCGUUGACCUUCAAAUUGACUUCAUUUUCGCCAGCACCGAAUUACGCAUCGAGGUUCUUGUAAAGGGUCAGCAGAUGUCAUUCACCAGUAAGCUUGAUUCGGAAGAUGCGUAAGCAGUUUCCACUAUCUACUUUUGCUUUAUAAUAUACCGUAGUAUUAGAUGCGUUUAUUUAUCUAUUUGUAUUCUACAAUGAUACCUUGUAAAUGUUAGAAUUGGGGUUGCGAAGAUGUAUACUAUUGCCACAAUAACACGUUAAUCGUAACUAUGUUGUUAAUUGGUUCAGCC